AUGGACGAGCCGUCACCUUGGGGCGCAUCAGCGUCGGACGACCUCCCGACCUUCGCCCCUCGCCCGCCGUCCCCGCGCCGCUCCACCUACUCGCCCCCGCUCGCCGCCUCGUCCUCGUUCUCGGCGUCAACUUGGCAAGACGACGGCGAUGGCGGCUGGGGCGGUGCUGUCGAUGACUACGUGCCCGGCGCGUUCGGCGGCGGUCACACAAGCGGCGCCGGCGGGUUCACCUCGAGCAACCGGGACGACGAUGACGGCGUCGCGCUCCCGCACAGCAACGGCGGUGCCGGUGGGUGGCAGCCGGACUCGCCAGAGCUGCCCAAGUUCACCACCAUCACCUCGAGCGCACCCGCCGCCGAUGUCGCCUCCCCCUCCUCGCCCGCGGGCUUCCGCUCCUCUCCGCCGCUCUCGCCCACCGCCCUCGACCUCCCAUCUUUCCCUCGCGACUCGCUCGACGCCUCGACCGCCCGAGCAGACGACCGCGGCUCCGAGCCGGACGACAGCGGCGGCGGGUGGGGCGGAGCAGAGCCCGACCUCCCUCCUGUCGGCGCACUGCGCAUCGCCGCGCCGGACUCGCCCGCCGCAGACGACUCGCGCGACGACGGUUGGGGCCCUGCGCAGGAAGGGCCCGACCCGGAGGACGAGGAGCCGCCAUUGCCGUCGCUCGGCGACCUGUUUCCGUCGGCGGCGGUCUCGCGCCGGCAGAGCGUCGAGCUGGCGCAGAAGGGCGAGCAGGGCGAGGACGCGUGGGGCAGCUCGCAAGGGUGGGAGGAGCGCAUGCGGCUCGAGGCCGAGGCGAGGGAGAAGCAGCGCAUCGCCGAGGCCAAGGCGGCAGGGAUCGAGCCGGAGGAGGAGCGCAAGCCGGACACGACGACGACCGACGGCAAGCCCGCCGACGACAAGCCCGCCGACGGCGACCAGCCGGCCGCCAAGUCGGGCCUCGCGUCGAUCUUCCGCUUCCGCAAGACGGCCGAGGACACCGCCACCCGGGCCGUCGAGUCGGCCAAGGAGACUUCGGCCAACGUUGCUCGAAGCGCCGCAGCUCUCGCCAACGCCGCGGCGCGGCCGUCGUCCGAGCAGGAGGGUGCGCGCGCGAGCGGCGACGCCGAGCGGCCGACGGCGAGGAGCUGGCUCAGCCGUGUCGCCGCCGGCAAGGAGGACCCGGGCAAGGAGGACGACCCGAACUCGCUCGGCGUCGACGAGGUCCAGCAGGGCGAGUCGGGCCGCACGACGUCGCCCGAGCCGCAGCCGGCGUCCGUGUUCGGGCGCAUCUUCGGGCGCAAGAAGGCGCCGGCGUCCGAGGAGCCGCAGCGGUCGACGUCGACGUCGGCCCGCAACAGCGGCGAGCAGCACGAGCGGCAGGCGGCGCCCGACCUGCGGGUGCAGGACCUCGACGCGCUCGGCGACUCGGGCCUCGUCGCGAGGCUGCAGGCGCAGGCCCACGUCAAGAAGAGCAUGUACGAGUACGACGAGGACGACGAGGACGACCAGCCGCCGCCCGCCUCGCAGCCGAGCAGCUUCUUCGGCUCGUCGACGCGCGGGUCGUCGACGUCGCGGGUCCCGAGUGCGCCGCCCGAGGACGACUUUGGCGGCCUGCUCGGCGCCUUCUCGGUCGCGCCAUCGACAUCGAGCGUCAAGGCCAAGGCGUCGUCGAGCGCGUUCGACCCGUUCGACCCGCUGAGCGACAGCUUCGGCGCCCUCCCCGUUCCCAAGCCCGCCGUGUCCUCUCGACCCGUCGCCUCUCCCUCCUUCACUCGCUCUCCCCCUCCACCGACCGCGCCAUCAUCGUCCCGAUCCGCCCUUUCACCGUCGUUGUCGUCACGCCCUCAUCCUGCCGCCCAGGUCGCCUCGUUCGGCAGCCCGCCUCGAGCAGUCGCCGCCGCACCUCAACCACGAGCGUCGUCGCCGCAGGACGACUUUGACGCCUUCUUCGACUCGGUCGCCGUCUCGACGGGCAACAAGGUGGCCGCACCCGCCGGCAGCGCCGCUCGAGUGCAGCAGCAGCCCGCCAUCGUCGCUCCUGCGCCAGCGUCUCGUCUCGCGGCCUCGCAAGGCCCUCGUGCCCGCGUUAUCUCGCCCCCGCCACGCCUCACCGUCUCGCCGCCGGUGCGCAUGUCGACCGCAUCGCCCAUGUCGGCCUCGAGCGGGCGCACGACCCCGAUCAUGCCGCUCGCGCCGCCGCCGCCACCGUCUCAGCCUCUCGCCUUGACCCGUCUCGUCGGCAUCGACGCACCUCCAGCGGCGACGGGCGCGUCUGUCGCACAGCAGAAGCGCACGCCGUCGCCCGCGGCCGUCGCGCCGCCGCUUGCGCCUGCUCCCGCCCUUUCGCCCGCCUUGGCGGCGAGCGCAAAGGCGCGCACGCCGUCGCCGCAGCCGCAGCCGCAGGUGCAGCGGGCGUCGUCGGGGCCGUUGUCGCUCGACGACCUGUCCUUCUUCGAGAGCUGA